CGCAUCCCCAAACUCAGCCCGUCCAACUGCCGGCUCCCCCUCCUCCCUUCUGACCCACCAUGGCUGUUGGAAAGAACAAGCGUUUGUCCAAGGGCAAGAAGGGUAUCAAGAAAAAGGUCGUCGACCCCUUCUCCCGCAAGGACUGGUACGAUAUCAAGGCCCCUUCAAUCUUCGAGGUCAAGAACGUCGGCAAGACUCUUGCUAACCGCUCCCAGGGUCUCAAAAACGCCAACGACUCUCUGAAGGGCCGUAUCGUUGAGGUCUCCCUCGCCGACCUCAACAAGGAUGAGGAGCAGGCCUUCCGCAAGAUCAAGCUCCGGGUGGACGAGAUCCAGGGCAAGAGCUGCCUGACCAACUUCCACGGCAUGAGCUUCACCUCCGACAAGCUCCGGUCACUCGUCCGGAAAUGGCAGACUCUCAUCGAGGCGCACGUCGACGUGAAGACGACCGACGGCUACCUCCUCCGUCUUUUCGCGAUUGGCUUCACCAAGCGCCGGCCUACGCAGGUCCGCAAGACCACGUACGCCCAGUCUUCGCAGAUCCGGGAGAUCCGCAAGAAGAUGUUCGAGAUCAUGACGAGGGAAGCGACAAGUUGCGACCUGAAGGAGCUCGUGCAGAAGUUCGUCCCCGAGGCGAUUGGCCGGGAGAUCGAGAAGGCGGCGCGGAGCAUCUACCCCCUCCAGAACGUCUACAUCCACAAGGCGAAGAUCAUCAAGGCGCCGAAGUUCGACAUGUCGAAGCUCCUUGAGCUCCACGGCGAGUCAACAGAUGAGACCGGCACCCGUGUAGCGAAGGACUUCAAGGAGCCUGAGAUCCUUGAGUCUGUAUAAAAGCCUACUGUUGUCUGCUCUUGUAUCCUUCAUCAUGAUCUCUCGCACUUAUGCUACAAGGGUAUGGCAAUCUAUGACAUGACCGCGCACGCCAUAUCACCCAUCCUGUCGUCUGCUUGCACUGGUGUCUAUCGUUAUGUUCAGUUGUGAUUGUACCGGAAACCUGUUGGGUGUGAUGUCU